AUGUACUAUACAUUGAACAUCAUUGCAUUGUACAAGGCUGCAGAUGAAUGCCAGUGCAGCUCCAGAGAGAAAGAGACAUGCGGUGAUCCGAAAAAUUAUGAAAGCAACUGCAUGGUGGCAUGUGGCGGAAAUAAGGAUCAAAAGUGUGGCGGGAUAAAUUGUGCGGCCAAAUUUUUAGUUGGAACGUAUCUGGAAACUCCAGCCGGUCAGUCAGUUUAUACACAUUGUGGUGUUGAAGUUGAACUGAAAAGUUUAUCAAGUUGUGAUGUUGUUUGCAAUGAAGGGUGGACUGGUGAUUUCUGUGACAGGAGAGUUUGUGGCUCAUAUAAAGAAGAGUGUGGUGGUAAUAUGAUGAUCUGCAACGAAAUACAAGUUAAAGGAAAAACAUUUGGCGAAUGCGUUUGUGUAGUCGGUGAAUACAGAACUGCUCAAUGGACUUGUGAAAAUUUGACUUUUUCAAAUCCGGCAAAGGCCGUAGUCGCAGGCAAAUUAGUAGACAGUGCAUUUUGUUUAAGUCGUAACUAUAGCUUCAAACCAAGCUUAAAUCCUUGUUGUAAAACACUCCCAACGGCGAGUCUAGGAAGUAGCAGUAUUUUUAUUAAAAAAUUGCCGUCUAAGAAUUUAGCGUACAGAAAGAGAGUUGACACCAUUCCCAAACUUGAAACUGUUUCAUCACAUUAUCUGGUCGAUGGCCACAUCAUACAGAAUUCUUUGAGUCAUGUUCUUCAAUCAGCAGAUGAUGUAUUAAUUACUGUGCAUCUUGAUGCUUUAUACAAAGUGCAAUAUGUUGUUGUCUAUCACAGACCAAAUUUCCGUAAAAUUGGUAAUGGGAAUGGCAACCAGACUUAUGUGAUUGAGUUGGACGAUAUUUUGCUUGCUAACUCGCUUGGGAUUCCAUGCAAUACUUAUGAAGUUAACAUGACAUUAUGUGCAGAACCGCCAAAACGUGUGACAUGCAAGUAUCCAGAGUUUAAAUCAAUGUACGUCAUCCUUUUUCCUGAAUUUAAACAAGAAAUAAAUUAUAUGGCGAUUGAUGAAAUUGAAGUAUAUGCAGGAGAUUUGCGAGAAUAUUAUUACGUUGGAUGUUUUGGUUCUUUUGAUACUGCGCACACUUUCGAGUCAAAGAAUCUCACAUUUGAUGGAUGCAUAAAAUUCUGUGAAGAAUUCAGAAACCCCAUGUUAAUUGUCGGCUUGAGUAAUGGUGACGAAUGCCAUUGUGGUUGGUCCGCCUGUGAAGAAAGUGAAUCAGUUAAUUGCAACCUGAUGUGUUCUGAUGACAACCCGUGUGGAGGACCUGACCAUUACAUUGUUUUCUCAGCCAAAUUGCCUAAACCAAGUUACGUUGGUUGUUACUCGGAAGGAUUGCAACAGGAGAACAAGCUGUUUAGAGUCAUUCAGGGUGAGGCAUUUACAUCUUGCUCGGUGCACUGCAGGACACAAAACUCCAUCGAAUUUGCCAUAAAGAAUUCAGUUCAAUGCAUUUGCGGAAAUUUAAUGAAUGCCUCACUACAAGUUGCCACGUCUCAGUGCAAUCAAAAAUGUAGGGACAGUGCAACUCUGUCUUGUGGAGGCGAAAGCAAAUUUUCUCUAUAUAAAACUUUCUCAAGAUUUGAAGCAAAAAGUGAACGUCACUUCUGCAUUGACACAUCAGCUGCAUCUGAUUGCAAGCCAGGAAUGUGUGAUCCUGGUUGGACAGGGCCACUUUGCAACAAGAGAGACUGUUCGCUCAAUAAUGGAGCUUGUCCGAAAGAAUUAGUCUGCUCAAAAGUUUUUAUUGGUCCCGAGAUAACAUCGGAAUGCCAUGAUGCCAUGAGUUUUGCCGCCAAGUUCAAAACAACUUCACCGAGGCCCUCAAAGGAUAUAGGGCCGUUUAUGAAAGUUCUCUUGGUUCUUGGAUGUUUCCUCCUACUUUUGAUAAUAUCAGUUUGUUGUGCGAUUAGUUAUGUCAAGAAGAGGCAUCCAUUGAUAUAUGAGCAAAAAGUUCAAGCUGUGAAAGAGUUUAAAGCAAAAGUUGGCGAUAAACUUGAUAACUCAAAUCUCAUUGGCAAGGUGAGAAAGCACAAUGUAAAAAAAGACACUAAAGAAAAAAAGCCCAAUGUAAAAAAAUCCGAAUUAAAAAAAAAGUCCAAGGUGAAAAAUUUAGAAAGCAAAAAAGACUACAAAGCUAAAGACAGUGAAACUGCUGAAUCAACAAAAGAUACCAAAGCAGUUGCACCAAAUAAUGCCGCAAAAACCGCAACAGCUCCAGCAAAAGCAGCUCCUAACACAACAGCUUCUGAAAUAAGUUCUGUUAGCGAUGAUUAA